GAGCUCGCCGGCCGGCAGCGGUGGCGCCCUCAGAGCGGCUGGACGGGUCCUGUCGCGCCAUGCCCGCGGGCUGAGCGCCGCCGCCGCCACCGCCUCCGCCGCCGCAGGGCCUCGUCCCGCCUCGCGUGGGGGCCACGCGCGCCCAGGCCGGGGCCCCGGCGGCCGACCAUGGUGCUGCCGCCCCCGGACCGGCGCCACGUGUGCCUGACCACGCUGGUGAUCAUGGGCAGCAUGGCGGUCAUGGACGCGUACCUGGUGGAGCAGAACCAGGGCCCGCGCAAGAUCGGCGUGUGCAUCAUCGUGCUGGUGGGCGACGUGUGCUUCCUGCUGGUGCUGCGCUACGUGGCCGUGUGGGUGGGCGCCGAGGUGCGCACGGCCAAGCGCGGCUACGCCAUGAUCCUCUGGUUCCUGUACAUCUUCGUGCUGGAGAUCAAGCUCUACUUCAUCUUCCAGAACUACAAGGCGGCGCGGCGAGGCGCGGCCGACCCGGUGGCGCGCAAGGCACUGACGCUGCUGCUGUCGGUGUGCGUGCCCGGCCUGUUCCUGCUGCUGGUGGCGCUCGACCGCAUGGAGUACGUGCGCACCUUCCGCAAGCGCGAGGACCUGCGCGGCCGCCUCUUCUGGGUGGCGCUGGACCUGCUGGACCUGCUGGACAUGCAGGCCAAUCUGUGGGAGCCGCCGCGCACCGGGCUGCCGCUGUGGGCCGAGGGCCUCACCUUCUUCUACUGCUACAUGCUGCUGCUGGUGCUGCCGUGCGUGGCGCUCAGCGAGGUCAGCAUGCAGGGCGAGCACAUCGCGCCGCAGAAGAUGAUGCUCUACCCCGUGCUCAGCCUCGCCACCGUCAACGUGGUGGCCGUGCUGGCGCGUGCCGCCAACAUGGCGCUCUUCCGCGACAGUCGCGUCUCGGCCAUCUUCGUGGGCAAGAACGUGGUGGCGCUGGCCACCAAGGCCUGCACCUUCCUCGAGUACCGCCGCCAGGUGCGGGACUUCCCGCCGCCCGCGCUCGCGCUGGAGCUGCAGCCGCCGCCGCCGCAGCGCAACUCGGUGCCGCCGCCCCCGCCGCUGCACGGCCCGCCCGGCCGCCCCCACGGGCCCUCGCCCACGCGCGACGCCCUGGGCACGUGACGGGGCCCCGCGCGGCUUGCAUGGG